AUGUCCUUUGAUAUCAAUUGGGAGCAACUGAGGAAUGAUUCUAAUUUGAAUCGUACCGUAACUGAAAAAUUAAAUGGAUAUUUAACGUCGAUAAAUCUGCCAAGUUAUGUCAAUAAUUUGAGGAUUGAGAGGUUCUCCAUGGGUGACAGACCGCCUAAGGUGACGUUGAGACAGAUUACUGACCCUGUGCAAGAUUUUUAUGAUGCUAUUAAUGAAGAGUUGCAAAUGAGUGCUGAGGAGGAAACUGAAGGAAGUGAUGAUGAAGGGUACGGUGGUGACAGAGUAAGAAACAGAGGCAUAGAUACUCAAACAGUAUUUCCCUCUGCUAAUGACGUUCAAUUCCUAGUGGAGAUGGAGUAUAACGGUAAUAUGUCGAUAACAGUCACUGCCGAGAUGGUCUUGAAUUACCCAAGUAAAAAAUUUAUGGCAUUACCAAUAAGAUUGACAAUCAGCAAUAUAGGUUUCCAUACUCUGUGUUUGAUUGCGUUUCUUUCCAAACAACUGUUCUUCAGUUUCCUAUGCGAUGUGACAGACCCGAUAUUGGAUGAAGACGACUCUAUAUUGGAUCAGAAUGGUCCUUUGCUGUCUUCCAAGGGACCCCUAGAGAGAAUAUCGAUUAUAAGAAGUUUAUCAAUCAGUACAGAAGUAGGAGAAGAAUAUCAAGGAGAUGGUUCUGUACUUAAAAGUGUAGGGAAACUAGAACAGUUCCUGAAGGAGAAACUUAAAGAUUUCUUGCGUAAAGAAGUCGCAUGGCCAAGUUGGAUAAAUUUCGAUUUCUAUGAACCUGAAGAUAAUGAAAGUGAUGACAACCAAAUAAAUUAA